AUGAUCAGAUGGGCUGCUGGAGGGAGUAAGGCUGCCUCUGCCUCGUACUGCUCCAGGGCUGGGUUCGGGGCUCUUUUUGGAAGUGCAACCAGCUCCAGACUAAGGCCAUCAUCAGCACUGCUUUCCUCCCUGUCUUUGCCUCUCCUGCUUGCCCUGGUGCUUUUUUCCUUCUCCCUACCCGAGGCGGCCUGCCAUCAGCUUCGCAGAGACAGACUGAGGCUCGCCAACCCACGGACUCUCAGGGUUCCACUGAACAUUUCUGAGACUGAGGUCGUCUCAAGGCCCAGGGCCACUGGGGUCCCCCUGGGUCGGACUGGGGUGCCGCAGGGUAGGCAUGUGCGCAGCUACAAUCAUCUCCAAGGGGACAUGCGGAGGAGGAAGCUGUUCUCCUUCCAGAAGUUUUUCCUGAGGAUCGAUAAGAACGGAAAGGUCAAUGGAACCAAGAGCAAGGAUGACCCCCUCAGUAUUCUGGAAAUCACAUCGGUGGACGUGGGAGUGGUGGCCAUCAAAGGGCUAAACAGCAACUACUAUCUGGCUAUCAACAGGAAGGGAGAGCUGUACGGAGCGAGAGAGUUUGGUGUCGACUGCACCCUGAAGGAGCGGAUUGAGGAGAAUGGCUACAACACGUAUGCAUCAGCUGAGUGGAGGAACAAGAAGAGGCAGAUGUUUGUGGGUCUGAAUGUCCACGGGAAGCCACUGAGAGGGAAGAAAACCCGCAGGAAGAACACGGCCACCCACUUCCUUCCAAUUAUGGUGUGAACUGGAGGACUUAACUGGAGAAGGAGGAUAUGCAGCACUGGACAGAGAGGUUCUCAAUACUAAAAAAGCUGUAAAAUAAAGACAUUUUCUGAGAAAUCUCUCAUUUGGAAACAAGGCACUAACACUGUUACAGUUUUAUUUAGUGGGUGAAGAUGAUAUCUGUGUAUUCUGUGGCACAGGAUGCAAUAUUUAUCCUUUUUUUCUGUGCCAAACAGUUUGCAAUUGGAGGAUUUGUGUAAUGUGGACAACACAGAAGAUACUGUCCCAGCUAAUGUACUGCGGUAGAUGCAGACAAUGUUAUUUAUAAUGCAUAUUCUCCUCUGAGACACCACAUAAUCUGCAACAUAAAGGUGAGAAAUAGAAAUGGAUAAGGUGAGGGAAAUGAUCGGUCAGUUUAUCACGACAGCAUUAAAUAAUAGAGGAUACAACACAUUUAAAGCAAAUGUUUGAUACUUAACCACUGUGUUUUG